UCUCCAGGCGGCGCCAGGGAUAAACCCCGAACCUCACCCGGCUGAAGCCAGAGACUUGGUGCCGGCGGCUGAACAGGCUGGCUUCUCUGCUGCAGCUGUCCCGGGUGUCAGCCAGAACAUGGCCCUCAAGCUGAAGUCAGCCAAGAAAUUGUUCAUUUUCUUAGGAAAAUCAGCGUUGGCUCUUGUGGAGGCUGUAGUUUUUGCUAUAAUCCCAAAGCCACGGAAGAAUGUUGCUGGUGAAAUCGUACUUAUAACAGGCGCUGGAAGUGGACUCGGAAGGCUCCUAGCCCUCAAAUUUGCCCAGCUUGGGUCGGUGCUUGUGCUCUGGGAUAUCAAUCAGGAGAGUAAUGAGAAGACCCACAAGAUGGCUGGGGAAGCUGGAGCCAAGGGGGUCUAUGCCUAUACCUGUGACUGCAGCCAGAAGGAGGAGGUGUACAGAGUGGCCAACCAGGUGAAGAAAGAAGUUGGUGAUGUUUCCAUCCUGAUCAACAAUGCCGGAAUCGUAACAGGCAGAAAGUUCAUGGACUGCCCAGAUGAGCUUAUAGAAAAGUCUCUUGAUGUGAAUUUCAAAGCACAUAUAUGGACUUACAAAGCCUUUCUACCUGCUAUGAUUGCUAAUGACCAUGGACAUUUGGUGUGCAUUUCAAGUUCAGCUGGAUUAAUUGGAAUAAAUGGACUGGCAGAUUACUGUGCAAGUAAAUUUGCAGCCAAUGGAUUUGCUGAAUCAGUAUUUUUAGAAUCACUUGUCAAGGGACAGAACGGGAUCAAAACCACUAUCGUGUGUCCAUUUUUUAUAAAAACCGGAAUGUUUGACGGAUGUGCUACUGGCUGUCCUUCUCUCUUACCAAUUCUGGAGCCAGAAUAUGCAGUCAGGAAGAUAGUAGAUGCUAUCCUGCAAGAAAACAUGUACCUGUAUAUGCCCAAGUUUAUAUACUUCAUGGUGAUUUUAAAAAGCGUCUUGCCCUUCAAGCUGGGGCUGCUUUUGGGUGAGUACUUGGGGGCCUUUAAUGUAAUGGAUGGCUUCACUGGCACCAGGAAGAAAAACUGAAGACCAAUUCUGUGGCUGACAUCCCCAGAUACCCACAGUUACACAACAUCUGUUUCAAUGAAGAAGUGUCUUUUUGACAGAAUGUACCUGGAGACCGCAAGCACCAGUCUGCUGUCUGGACUAGUAUUUGCAACCAGUGCCUCUGAAAAUAAUGUUGCGCUCUGUUUUUCUGUUGAGUUUUUUAAAUUAAAAAAUAAAAAAAGUCCAUGUUUGGUGUUUGCUUGCAA